GAGCCGCCGUCCGACGUGAAGCCGAGACCGCUGGAAGAGAAGAAAGACGAUCUGGAAAAGAGGAGGAUGCGCGUGGACGAGCUGAUCCAAAUCGCUGAACGGAAGUUCCGCGCGCAGAAAGCCCUAGACAGCGAGAGCUGCCUCCGUUGGCUCCUGAACGCAGCCGGAGACACGCUGAACGAAGCGACGAAGGUCGGGGAUGCCGGCCUCGAGAACGAGGAGAUCUUGACGGGUCUGACAAAGGUCAGACAGAAUGUGGUGGCCUCGCAGGAGGAGUUUGCCUUGGUUCAGGAAGAUGGAUCCGUCAGGACAUGGGGCCAGCCGCACUACUUCUUCAGCGAUCUCACCCCUAUGAAGUUGAAGAAUGUGCAACAGAUAGCGGCUUCCAAAUCGGCCUUCGCAGCCCUCUUAGCUGAUGGCUCGGUGGUGACCUGGGGAAGCCCCGAUCGCGGCGGUGACAGCGCCGCUGUUCAAGAUCAGCUUCAGGAGAUCGAGGAGCUCCAGGCGAACAAAUGGGCCUUUGCCGCCCGCCGCAGCGACAAAACCGUGGUGACGUGGGGAGAUCCGGAAAGGGGAGGAGACAUCCGAGCUGUGAGUAGCCAGCUGACAGACGUGCAAGAGAUCCACUCCACACGCGUGGCGUUUGCUGCCCUCCGACUUGACGGAACGGUGGUUGCCUGGGGAGACCCGGAGAGAGGCGGCCGAGUCGCUCCGGGUCUCCGGGCCGUGCUGAAGCUCGAGGCCACAGACUAUGCUCUGGCAGCCCUCCUCACGGACGGGUCGGUAGUCUGCUGGGGUCAUCCCGACCAUGGUGGCGACAGCUGUGCUGUUCAGGAUCAGCUGACAGACGUGAAGCUGAUCCGAGCCUCCCAGUCGGCUUUUGCAGCUUUGCGAGGCAAUGGCACGGUGGUUUGUUGGGGCGACGUGGCUGUGGGUGGGAGCUGCAAAGAUGUUCAGUCCAGCCUGAGGAAUGUGGAGGAGCUUCACGCGACUCAGGGGGCUUUCGCAGCGCUCAGAUCGGACG